CGAGAGUGUCGGCGUGCUGGCCUGUGGCCCUGGUGGUGCCACUACUGUCUUCGGAAAGAUUAUCGCAAGGCGUUUCUCUGGUGUCGUUAGCGACGAGGACGAGGAGGGAAGUAAGACCGUGAUAACAGCAUUCUUGCAAGGGUCCCUAGUGUUGGUGCUGGAAACUAGAGUGAGCUGCUUAGCCCGGGGGGAAACCAGUACAGCCGUUGCCUAUGCGAUGUUACCUUUAAGUGCCGUACGUUCCAUGAUCUUUUGCCCCUAGACGGGACGCUUUUCCUAGACAUGCCUAAGGAGCCAAUUUUCGAGUUGUCUGAAGCAGGAGGUUCUGGUGAAUGUAAGUACUGUCUUCUUGGGCAUGUAAUGAUUGUUGGCAAGAUGUGUGUUGCUCGCCUGGGCCUGACCAAUGGAUUCCGGAUGGUUGUGGAUGAAGGGCCCGAGGGUGGGCAGUCUGUCUAUCGCAUGCAUCUCCCCGUUCUGGGUGGCCGUCAGUUGGGCUGGCCGCCUGGCUAAGAUUUUGGCACCGCAAGAGUUGCUGCAAGUGUACAAAUCGCCACUGAAUGGAUUUCGUCUGUUGCCCAUCAAUCUAGCGGCUUUUGAUGUGUAAUUUUUUUUUUUUUUUUUUUGCCGUGUGUCUGUGGAAGGUAAUAAAAGCUUUGAGCAGCAGUUGCACAAUAAAGAUUUGUCAUGGGGA